CAGAGAAAGCCACCUGAGUGUGCUAGCAAGUUACAGAACAGCUGUCUUCUCAAACGUGUAAAUAGAAAGGAUAUUCUCUGCUUCGUUUUUUAGAUGGUUAUGAGCCAUGCCUUUGGUGAAAAGGAACAUUGAACCACGGCAUCUCUGCCGAGGAGCUCUGCCAGAGGGAAUUACUAGUGAACUGGAAUGUGUAACAAAUAGUACCCUUGCUGCUAUCAUACGCCAGCUAAGCAGCUUAAGCAAACAUGCUGAAGACAUAUUUGGUGAAUUGUUUAAUGAGGCCAACAGCUUCUACAUCAGAGCAAAUUCCCUUCAAGACAGAAUUGAUCGCCUGGCUGUCAAAGUUACUCAGCUGGAUUCAACAGUAGAAGAGGUAUCGUUACAGGAUAUCAACAUGAAAAAAGCAUUCAAGAGCUCAACAAUUCAAGAUCAGCAGGUAGUUUCAAAGAACAGCAUUCCUAACCCGGUGGCUGAUAUUUACAAUCAGAGUGACAAACCACCACCUCUGAAUAUUCUUUCGCCGUAUAGGGAUGAUAAGAAAGACGGAUUGAAGUUCUAUACUGAUCCUUCCUAUUUUUUUGAUCUUUGGAAAGAAAAAAUGUUGCAAGAUACUGAAGAUAAGCGAAAAGAAAAGAGGAGACAAAAGGAGCAAAAGCGUAUAGAUGGCACCACUCGUGAGGUGAAAAAGGUUAGAAAAGCCAGGAACAGACGCCAGGAGUGGAAUAUGAUGGCAUAUGACAAAGAGCUUAGACCUGACAACAGGUUGUCUCAAAGUGUGUACCAUGGAGCGUCUUCCGAGGGAUCACUGUCCCCAGAUACUAGGUCCCAUGCAUCUGAUGUUACAGAUUAUUCUUAUCCUGCUACUCCGAAUCAUUCCCUCCAUCAGCAGAUAGCAAUGCCUUCAUAUGGAACAGGAGAUGGUCCACAGUACAUGGCAGCAUCCCAAAGCCAUGAGCAUGAAUACAGACCACCUUCCACCACUGUACGACAUGCUACUUUAAACAGACCUCAGCAGCCACCUCCACCUCCACCCCAGCCUUCAGAUGGCCAACAUAGCUCAGUACCUGUGGUACCAGCAGAAUAUGGGAUGAUUCCAGCUCAGAUGGUGGAUUAUUACAAUCCUACAGGUCCUCCCCCCCCUCCUCCCCCACCUAUGAUUCCGUCAGCACAAACUGCAUUCGUUAGUCCCCUUCAGCUUCCCGUGCCACCUUCCCAUCCUGGACUGGUGACUGGCUCCACAUACGCAGCUACUCAUCCUCCUCCUUCUAGUGGGCUUGUUGUCACUGCUCCUCCUCCUCCCGGCCCACCUCCUCCCCCUCCAGGCCCUCCUGCUACAGGUUCAUCCCUCUCUUCCUCUCCAAUGCAUGCUGCUCCAGCUACGGAGGCAAAACGUCAUGAACCUGCACAGCCACCAAUAAGUGAUGCACGGAGUGACCUUCUUGCUGCCAUUCGAAUGGGAAUUCAGCUGAAAAAGGUGCAGGAGCAACGUGAGCAAGAAGCAAAGCGAGAGCCUGUUGGCAAUGACGUGGCAACCAUCCUUUCCAGACGCAUUGCUGUGGAAUACAGCGAUUCUGAUGAUGAUUCAGAGUUUGAUGAGAACGAUUGGUCAGAUUGAGCCCGGUCCAAGCAAGCGGCAAGUUUGUGAAAUCCUUGGCUGCAGUGAUUGCUUUCUUAGUGAGAUGUAAGGCAGGACGUUGACAUGUAUCCAGGCUAGUGAUCACAGUGCUAAAAUGGAAUUGGUACUACUCAGAAUGCCGUAGCUUAGCGUCUCUGAUAAUAAUGAUGUGGUUGUGCUUAUGCAGAUCAGAAACUUGUCUUACUUUCAGUAUUUACUGCGUAAUACUUAAGUGCCACUAAAUGUAGCAAGUCAUGUGCUGCGUGCAAAAUAUGCUGCAGUUGUUGCACUGUUACAGAACCAGCAUUUUCUUUUACUUUCCUGAUCUUGAAGGGAUAAAAUAUAUUUUUUUGA